ACUUUUGUAGACGCUAUAUCUGACAUCGACAUUGAUCCUUAUUCAGCAGGCGACUGUCGCUUACGCUUCAACCACCAUUGCCCUCUUUGGACAAUGCGCAAGUGUCUUGAUCUCAAUCGUUCAGUAUCCGCCUUUGACCUCGCUCUUGAGCUCGCUGAUUAUCGUUACGCCGACCUACAAUGCUCAACCCAAUGCUCAAUUGCUGAUCUCGAUAUAUUCUACGAAUCAAUCGAUCCACGUCGGUUCUCCGAGUCGGGGUCGUAUUACGAUACAAUCCCCUCGAAAUCUGUUGUGGAUGCCGUCUAUCCUGCCGCGAGCCGGAUCAUGGGAAUCACUGUCGCAAGCUCCUCUAGGUAUAAAAGGGGGGAGCGGAGACACUGAGCUCUGACCGUGGCUCUAAGAGUCCCUUCACCUCACCAUGUCUGCUACACCUGUAAAGUACGUUCAGCUCGGAAAGAGCGGACUGCGUGUCUCCGUUCCCAUCGCUGGUGCGAUGAGCUACGGCAACCCGAAGUGGGGCGCAGAUCCCGAGGCAGGCGCAUGGGUCAAGGGCGCUGAGGAAGCUCUGCCUAUUCUCAAGACUGCUUGGGACCGUGGCAUCAACACCUUUGACACCGCUAAUGUAUACUCCAAUGGCGAGUCCGAACGGGUUCUCGCCCAAUUCAUUGAGACUUACAACAUCCCCCGCGAGGAGAUCAUCAUCGCGACCAAGUGCCAUGGUACUGUUUUGAAGGGCGAGCACAAGGACGCGGUCCCUUGGGCGGCGCCCCAACUCGCUCGUUCAAAGCAGUACGUCAACCAGAACGGGCUCUCGCGCGCGGCGAUCUUCAACGCGGUCGAGGGCUCGCUCGAGCGCCUUAACACGUCGUAUAUCGACCUCUAUCAGAUUCACCGCGCCGACCCCUCGACGCCGCCCGAGGAGACGAUGAAGGCGCUCCACGACCUCGUCCAGUCUGGGAAGGUUCGCUACAUUGGCGCGAGCUCGAUGCGCACUUGGCAGUUCGCCCUGCUGAACGAGGUUGCGGAGAAGAACGGGUGGACGAAGUUCGUGAGCAUGCAGGACGAGUACCACUUGCUCUACCGCGAGGAGGAGCGUGAGAUGUUCGCUUACUGUGACUAUCAUGGCAUCGGUGUGAUCCCAUGGUCGCCUCUCGGGGGAGGCGCCCUCGCCCGCCCACUGAACUCUGCCGAGACCGUACGCUCUAAGCUAAGAUCAGCGUUCAUGAAGCCAGACGCAGUCGACCCCGAAAUAAUCAAGCGCGUGGAGGAAGUCGCGAAGAAGCGCGGCUGGAAGAUGGCUCAGGUUGCUAUCGCGUGGGUCCAGCGCAGAGUCACUAGCCCUAUCGUCGGCAUCAACUCGAUCGACCGCGUCGACGACAGCAUCGUGACCGGCGAGCUCACGGACGAAGAAGUCAAAUAUCUUGAGGAACCGUACCAACCGAAGGCGGUGCGUGGGCAUGCCUAAACGUGUAUCGAUAACAAAGUCCAUGCGAUGGAAUUGUUGCUGUUCCGCGUAUAGUGCGUAUGUAUUUCGUGUCGAAAUGUCUCUGUACGCGAUACCCGGUAUGAUGCUUCCGCCAUCAAAGCCUGAUUCCACCUCGUUCUCCUGAUUGUCCUGAAUGUCCAGUCCAGCG